UGCAGUAAAUGAGCUCCGCUUGGUGUUUCGAAGCCCCUUUACUUACCCUGAAAACCGGUUUGCUUGUGAGGACGCGAGGCGGUGGCUGAAGUCCUCCGAACCGGUCGCUCCUGGUGGUGGCUGGGGGACGUUUCCUGAGGCGUCCCGUCGUUUUCCCUCAGAUAUGGCUGAAUACAGCCAAACGGGUAUUUUAACGGCUCUGCUGCUGUUUACAGUGGUCACGGUGCGGGAUAUUUAUCUCGGCAGGAGCGCCGUUGACCAGACCGAGCAGCAGAAGCAGGCCGCGGAGGGCAUGGGGUCCGACGGAUUUCUCAACCCAGACAUCCACACUCAAAGGCAGACCAAGCCCAAGUUUUACACGGGGCCGGUCCUGAGGUUUCAGUACUGUAUAUCCUGAGGGUACAGUAAGGUGUUCCAGGAGUACUCCCGGUCUAUCAACCAGCUGUACCCGGACAUCAGAAUCGAGGGAGAGAACUACCCUCCCAAACCCGUCAAUAAAUAUGUUGCAAAUUUCAUUUCUUACUUCAAACUGCUUACCAUUGCCCUGAUUGUCACUGGACAAAAUCCUUUUCAAAUGCUUGGAGUGGACACACCAAGGGUUUGGUCCUGGAGUCAAGAAAAUAAGAUAUUCUCAUGUCUUAUGGCGUUCUUCCUCAGUAAUAUGUUGGAGACCAAUUUCCUGUCUACCGGAGCAUUUGAGAUAACAUUAAAUGAUGUUCCAAUUUGGUCAAAGCUACAGUCAGGAUAUGUACCAAACAUUCAGGAGCUCUUCCAUAUCUUGGACAACCACCUGAAGAUGAAUCAGGUUGACAAGCUCAAAUUCCCCUCCCCGUAGUGCUGCUGUUCAAGCUGAGAGAGAAGUCCAUGGAGCGGUUUCUCUGGUUAGUGGGACUGUGGACUGUGGCCUAAUGAAGGCCUGCACUGCAUACAGCUUGCUGUGAGUGCAGACUGGAUGCCCCUGCCACCACACACACUUCCUCUUCCCAGUGGCACUCCUCCAGAUCAGCUGCAUCUAUGCUGAGCAGCGUGCUGUGUCCAUCCAUCGUAGGAGGGUCCUCCCCUACAGGGCACACUCGUUAUAAAAAGCCGAAGCUUGAGAUCAGUGCUGAAGGGGUAAUAUGACCAAGUAAGCGGUCAAAAAUGUUGCUGUAGUCUGUCUGUCGAACUCAAGGGGAGGGUUUUUUAUUUUCAUUUCUUCUGCAAAUCAUUGAAUAGUCUUAAACAUGAUUGUUGGUUUGCACUGCUGUAGAACUGUACUGUAUUUGGAAUAUAUCCAAGUGUUUUCAGGGUAGGUGAAACAUUUGUGUACUGUUAAAUGGUGCAGUUUUUUUUUUAAGAACACACUGCUAUGAGGUGUCACUUUAAUGGCAAAGUUUAUGCUCACCAUGGAGGUCUUCAAAUGCUACUGCACAGGGAAGAUGCUAUUAUUUGGGAUCUACUGCAUUAUCCUUCUUCUUAACUCUUCAAGCUGUCUGUUUAUAGCAUUAACUGAAAGCCUGUCUUGAUUCAGGCUGCCUGUUUAGAGUUAUUGUUGGGGGUAACCACUGUCUUAAUGAGCGUGUGAUUAACAACAUUGCAUAUGAGAGGUUAGAUAUGAAAGGUACUCUUCUUUCCAAAGAUCUUAACUCUAUUUUUCCAUCUCUCUUUAUAGAUGUUGUGAUGAGACGCACUUUCUCUAGUGUACCUUGUGAUUUUGUUUUACUGAAGGUGACAUUUAAUUGGGAUACAGCUUGAAGAAGCAGUGUGGAAACUUCAGCCUUGUUUCAAAAUGAUAUAGGAAUAAAGAAUUAAAACAGAUGUUAUGGAA